CUUCGCAAGGUAUAGGGCGCGACUCUACUGUCUCCAUCUCAUCUUCAUUUCAUCCUGUACAUCUUCACUUCUUACACACCUCUGAGUUCCUAUAUACGACACCUCAUAUUCGAGCUGCUCCUACAACGGACUACCUUAUCAAUAAUCUACAUGAACCUACGGACCACCCAUUCCUUAUCGCCACCAUGUCCCGCGAACACCCCUCCCUUCCCACCUCCAACCCCCCAGCAUCCCUCCCCACCCCUCACUCCUCUCACUCCUUCUGGCAUAGCGAACCCUCCCCCCUCCUGCUCGGCCACCGUUCAACCCGCACCCUCCCGCGUACAGCCGACAUUGUCAUAAUCGGCUCCGGCAUCACAGGCACAAGCGCCGCCCACCACAUCCUCGCCUCCACCGCCCCCGCCACCAACACCCACACUCUCAACGUCGUCAUGUUAGAAGCCCGCGAAGCCUGCUGGGGCGCCACCGGCCGCAACGGCGGCCAUUGCCAACCCCUCCUCUUCGAAAGCCCCCACGACCCCAGCAUCGGCCGCUUCGAACUAGCCAACUUCCACGCCCUCCAACACCUCAUCGCCGACAAGCAAAUCGACUGCGAGUUCGUUCCCCAACCCGGCGUACGAGCAAUCAUGUCGCAACACCAUCUCGACGAAGCCGCCACGGCGCUGGAAAUCAUGAAGACCACCGCCCCCGAUCUGCGCUCCAUGCUCCGCCUCGUUACCGACAAAGCCGAACUAGCUUCCUACCGCAUCCCCACCGCAAAGGGCGCCGUGGUAACCACUCUCGCCGCGCGAAUGUGGCCCUACAAAUUCGUCUCGCGUCUACUCUGCGACCUCCUGACCUCCCCCACUCUCCCCUCCGGAGGGACAUUCAACCUCCAGACCCUCACCCCCGCCACCGCCCUCACCCCCACUCCCACCGCAGAAGGUGGCGGCUGGACCGUCCAAACCCCCCGCGGCAGCAUCCACGCCCAAAGAGUCAUCCUCGCCACAAACGCAUAUACCUCGCACCUCCUCCCCUCCUUCGCGGACCUCAUCGUGCCCUGUCGCGGGCAGAUGAGCGCGCUGCACCCUCUCCCCAGCCUCCAGGGCGAAAAGCGAUUGAAGACGAGUCUCGGCUUCCUCGGCGACGGACUCGACGAUUACCUCAUCCAACGGCCCAAUGAAAGGGGAGGCCAUCUCAUGUUCGGUGGGGGACGGCAGGAGGGGACGAAGAGUGUGGGUGUGACGGACGACAGCGUCGUUGACGCGCCGACCGAGCAUUACCUCCGCACGAAACUCGUUUCCGCUUUUGAUCUGCCGGAGGGUAAGGACGACCCCGCGACGAUGUUCGAGGCGGUGAAUGUGUGGAGUGGUAUUAUGGGCUCCUCUCGGGAUGAACGGCCGUGGGUCGGGCCUGUACCUGACCAAGACGGUGUUUUCCUGGCGGCGGGGUAUACGGGGCACGGCAUGCCGAAUACGUGGUUGUGUGGGAAGGCGGUUGCGGAGAUGGCCGUUGCGAGCUUGAGUGGUGGUGGUGGUGGUGGUGGUGUGGUUGGUGAAGAGGGGGAGGAGGAGGAGGUGGUGAUGGCGGGGUUGUUGCCGGAGAGUUAUCGCUUGACGCGGGAGAGGAUGGAGAGGGCGGCGAAGAGCGAGAGUGUGGAGGAGAAGGAUUGGGCGGAGAUGAGGCGGGGUGGUGGGCGGAGUAGUGGGCGGAGUGGUAGUGGGAGCGGUUUGGAGAGGGUGCCGAGUGGGUACGCUUGACCGAUGGCGGGAGUAGCGAUGUUGUGCUGUUCGUGCGAUAGCGGGUGUGGAGUCCUCUAACCUCAGUGCACUGCUCUCGGCAUUAACAUCCCUUAGGCCCUAAUCCUCGAAGCCCUUCCUUCGCGCGAUAGAGCUUGUGUCCGCAAGUUACGAUCGUAGAUGAUUUUCUUUCACUCCACCUCAAAAACCAAACCCACCCCAUCAUCCCCCGCCGUAACCACCCUGCCUCCCCCA